CGUCCGUCCACAGUCCACUUUGGGAGAGCAGAGCAGUAGGUGACUGACUACUCCCCUCUCCACUCUCUAUUUUUUGUUUUCUGAUAUUCAAAAACCCUUCCAAAGCUCCAAUUCGACCUCCUCCGCUUCAUCUCCGGCGGCCAGAACCACCUUCUUCCCGUUGCCGGUGGGCUUGGCUACACCCACCGCUUCCGCCGGCGAAAUGCAAUCGCACCACAUACUCUCUUCACCCUCUGCUCUCAAACUCGCUGCCACCCGCCCCUCUUCCGCCGCAAUCCGCGGGGCCAAUUUCUCUCAAUGUAGGCCCCACACAAUCAAUCCGCUGGCGUUCGCCGUCCACGCCGUCUCCGCCUCGGAUACGGUUCCGCCGCCGCCCCAGCCCUCCUCCUCCUCCGGUAACAAGCUCAACAAGUACAGCUCGCGCAUCACGGAGCCCAAGUCGCAGGGCGCCUCGCAGGCUGUGCUCUACGGAGUGGGCCUCUCGGACGAGGAUAUGCACAAGCCCCAAAUCGGAAUUUCGUCUGUCUGGUACGAGGGGAACACCUGCAAUAUGCACUUGCUCAAGCUGGCGGAGGCCGUGAAGGAGGGGGUUGUGGAGGCGGGCAUGGUCGGGUUCAGGUUCAAUACAAUUGGGGUCAGUGAUGCCAUUUCCAUGGGGACUAGAGGGAUGUGUUAUAGCCUGCAGUCAAGGGACUUGAUUGCUGAUAGCAUUGAGACUGUCAUGUCUGCUCAGUGGUACGAUGGAAACAUAUCUAUCCCUGGCUGUGACAAGAAUAUGCCAGGCACAAUUAUGGCAAUGGGACGGUUGAACAGGCCAAGCAUCAUGGUUUAUGGUGGAACUAUCAAGCCUGGUCAUUUUGAAGGGCACACCUUUGACAUAGUCUCUGCCUUCCAGGUUUAUGGAGAGUAUGUGAGUGGCUCUGUUAGUGAUGAGCAUAGGAUGGAUGUAAUUCGCACUUCAUGCCCUGGAGCAGGGGCCUGUGGUGGAAUGUAUACAGCAAACACUAUGGCAUCUGCUAUAGAGACUAUGGGGAUGUCCCUUCCUUACAGCUCGUCCACACCGGCUGAAGAUCCAUUGAAGUUGGACGAGUGUCGCCUUGCUGCCAAGUAUCUUCUCAAUUUACUGAAGAUGGACUUGAAACCCCGAGACAUCAUUACUCCAAAAUCGCUGCGAAAUGCUAUGGUCAUGGUCAUGGCACUAGGCGGGUCUACCAAUGCCGUUCUACAUUUAAUUGCUAUUGCAAGGUCUGUUGGGUUGCAACUGCAUCUUGAUGACUUUCAAAAGGUUAGCGAUGCGGUUCCUUUCCUGGCUGAUUUGAAACCUAGUGGAAAAUAUGUCAUGGAGGAUGUGCACAAGAUUGGAGGCACACCUGCUGUGAUUUGCUACCUGUUGGAGCUUGGGCUGCUAGAUGGGGAUUGUAUUACUGUCACGGGAGAGACUCUAGGUGAAAAUGCAAAGCUAUUCCCUGCUUUGGCAGAGGGUCAGCAAAUAAUAAGACCAUUAGCUAACCCCAUCAAAGAAACUGGUCACAUUCAAAUAUUGUAUGGAAAUCUCGCACCGGAGGGUUCUGUAGCAAAAAUAACUGGAAAGGAAGGGUUGUUUUUCUCAGGUCCUGCUCUUGUUUUUGAGGGAGAAGAAUCCAUGAUUGCAGCUAUCUCAGAAAACCCCAGUAGUUUUAAGGGAAAAGUGGUAGUCAUUAGAGGAGAGGGUCCUAAGGGGGGACCUGGAAUGCCCGAAAUGUUGACACCAACCAGUGCAAUUAUGGGAGCAGGUCUUGGAAAGGAUGUUGCGUUGCUUACUGAUGGGAGGUUUUCUGGAGGUUCGCACGGAUAUGUUGUCGGUCACAUAUGCCCCGAGGCACAGGAAGGAGGGCCAAUUGGUCUGGUUAGAAACGGAGACACAAUUACAGUAGACAUUCAGAAGAGGAGAAUGGAUGUUCAUCUAACCGAUGAGGAGUUAGAAGAGCGACGAAAGAAAUGGACACCCCCACCCUACAAGGCUGACAAGGGUGUUCUUUACAAGUACAUAAAAAACGUUCAAUCGGCAUCAAGAGGAUGUGUGACAGAUGAGUAGAAGCGCCACUCCCUUACAUUUAUUUAUAUACUCCUUACAGACAAAGCGCGAUUGUUUGGCUUAUUAAGACGUCCAUUCUUGAGGGUCCAUUUAUUUUUUUUGUGCAACUGAGGUAAUAAUGACAUUAUUAUGGGAUUACAAAACAUUUAUGUUUGAUUUUCCCAAGUUUUUUUUCCUGUUUUAUUAUAGACACUUUCUUGUUUGCUUUCAUCUGCUCCCUACCAUUUGGUAAAAAAAAUUGAUACAAUUC